AUGGCGCUAUCUUGACUUUGUAAAAUAAUGGUGGAAAAAAUACUAAGUGAAUACUGUGACGGAUGCCAGUAUUUGUCAGAAAAGACCAAUAGAACGGUCACACCGUUUAUAUUGUUUACAAUUUAUUAAAAUUUUGGCCAAAAUGAGUUCUCCGACAAGUAAAAAUGUUAGCGAAACGAAUGGUAACAAGCCCAAGAAGUCGGCGAAAACAAAUUCCAAUGCGAAAAGUGGCCCAAUGGACACCAGAGCCGAGCUGGCCGAUCUCAUCAAAAAAAAGGCGGAAACUUCGGAACAAUUGGCGAACCUGGAGCGUCAAAUCUAUGCCUUUGAAGGCUCGUACCUGGAGGACACUCAACUGUGUGGCAAUAUAAUACGAGGAUGGGAACGCUAUUUGACCUCAAAUAAGGCAACCAAUUCCAAGGCAGACAAACGAAAUCGCAAAUUCAAAGAGGCCGAACGUUUAUUCUCGAAAUCCAGCAUUACCUCCAUGGCCAUUUGUAAUCCUGAACGUGCCAGUGAAUCGGAUUCCAUAACAAAUGAGGACUCUAGUGACAAUCAAAUUUCAAUAAAUCAGAAUACAACCACAGCGCAUGAUGGGGCAACGAGUAUAAAAAGUACACCCAAAGAUGAAAAGGAUUCGCCCUCGCAUCGACAUGAAGGCAGUUUAUUAGUAAGCAGUUCAAUUGGUGGCGGCGGCGGCGGUGGUGGCAUGGUGGGCAGUGGUUCUGGCAUGGUCAGUGGCAAUCUUGGUGGCAAUAGUAAUCACAAGGAUGUCCUCGGCACACCCACAUCAAAUACAAAAAGUAAACUCACCUCCAGUUCAAGUGCAACAGCCAAAAAAAGCGGACACAUAAACAAAAAGAUACGACAUCGAUGAUGAUGAUAAUAAUGAAAAUGGUAAUUAAUAUCUUGUAUAAAUUAAUGACAGAAAACACAAAAAACAAACUAACGGAAAAGGAAAAAGAAAAAAAAAUAUUAAAAUAGAAAUCUAUAGAAAUUAAGAAAUGCUUAGAGAUUGUAUGCCAAAUACCGGAAAAUAUCUCAUAAUUUCAGGGCAUAUUCAUAAGAAGAAAAGAAACAAAAACAAAAAAAAAACUCCCUUCAAAGUCUCCCCCUACCUCGUACGUCCUCCGUUUAAGCGCAAAGUUCACAAAUAUUUGUUAAACAUUUGUUUUUUUUUUUAUCAAGUGCAAAUAGAAAA